AUGGUGGCGAGAGGCUGUGGCACGGUGGUGAGAGGCUGUGAUACGGUGGUGAGAGGCUGUGGUACAGUUGUGAACAAUGCACCUGUAAGCAAAGGAUUGAUGGGGUGUAUGUUUCUCACAUGCACUGCUUUGAAUGUUCCACUGUUGGCACACCUCAGGAAAUACCUCAUAUGCAAGCUUCCAGAUGCCUUUUUAAAAGGGGAGAUAUGGCGAAUAGCAUCGGCAAAAAUAUCCUUUGUUGAUACGAAGGAUCUGGUGUGUGGCUCAUUAUUAAUUUAUUAUUUCAGAGUAUUUGAGCGCCGGUAUGGUUCCCACAAGUUUGCUUCAUGUCUGGUUGCGUCGCAGGCCCUCACAACAGUGUUAGAAGUCCUGACUAUAUUAACACUACAGUGGUUUUCAGUAGACCUACACUCAGGCGGAUAUCUUCCUCCAGGACCAUAUGGUGUUAUAUUUCCAUUGUUUGUAAACUAUCUGUUUGAUAUUCCACGAGUAGCCCAGACGAGCGUCUUAGGUAUCCCAAUCACUGGGAAAACUCUCACAUAUUUAUUGGGAUUACAAGUGUGUUCUACAUCAGCUGCAACAGCAAUAUCAGCUUUUUCAGGCAUUAUUGCAGGAAUUUUCUAUCGUUACAACAUACUAUAUAUACAGCAAGUUCCGUGGGUGCCAGGUUGGCUAGCUCGAGGUGCAAGUGCAACACUUGCUCGACUUUUAGCAUCCCCACCUCCCCCAGAGGGUCCAGCUGGAGCAACAUUGGAGUUACAGCGCCAAGAACAGAUUGAAAUGUGGGAGCAGCAGAUGAUAAUUAACAGAGCAAGAGAAAUGAGAAAUAGACCAGGGGCUAAUGGUGCUUUUUUCAUGCAAAACUUCCUUGGAAGACAAAAUAAUCCAGCUCAUCCUGCUCCACCCCCAACAGAAGAGCAGGUUCAGACUCUGGUAGAGAUGGGAUUUGAUCGUCAGAGAGUGAUAAAUGCACUUCAGACAUGCAAUAAUGAUGUAAACACAGCCACACAUCUCCUCCUGCAAGAAUCAUGAUAAUGCAACUGCAUAGUGCUAGCUAACAAUGUGAUAGGGUCCAUAAUAAAGGCAGGUGGCUUUCAUACAAGAAAUUCCACAGCAGUCAUGGAACUGAUUAGUCUUCAUUAUAAAAGGAUAUAUUUUUUUAAAUUCAUUAACUGAUAAUUCAUUUUUUACAGGAUUAAUCAGUUUUAUCAAAGAUUAUUAAGCUUAUGGUUGGUCAUUUUUUUGUAGUUUGAGACAUUGUUCUUCCUUCUGUAACAAAUUGAAAGACCUGUCAAAUUUAUCAAUAAUUGCCAUUCAUAUAUUUAAUGUCCAUUGAAGACUUAAUAUAAUGUUGUAAGAAAUUGUAGCAUUAAAAACAAAUGCUCAUGUUUAUUCAUCAAAGGCUAUAUAGCAUUGCUAGUCAUAGCAUGUUCAAAGUGUACUCUCUGGGAUACUGUAGUACUAGUAUUAAAGGUAAUUGAACAUUGGUAAUUUGUAUACCAUUUUUUAUGUAGAUAAAGUAAAUUUUCAAGGGUAUCCAGUUUUUAUUAUCAUCUGAAGCAGUUGACAUAUCUUUCCCAUAGGGUAAGUACUCACUUUUGGCCUUGGAUUUAAAAAGUGUUCACAUCUAGUUUUCCCUCUUAAUUACAUUGUCUUAAUAAU